GCCGCCCUUCGUCACGACCGCCCCCUCGCCGCCCCUCCCUUACCCCUCCCAUUUCAUUCUGAGAUCAUGCUGCUGUUGAAAGGCUCCUUCGUGAGCGCCUUCCUCCUCGUCAUCUCGCUGAUCGCCAAUGUCGAGGCCGCGAAUGGCUUCAGCAAGCGUCUUGUUCCUCCCCAAACCCCCGCUACCGACCCCUUUUACCAGGCGCCUGCGGGUUACGAGUUCCUUGCCCCGGGCACUGUCAUUCGUUCUCGCAGCUUCAUCCCGGCCGGUCUGGGUCUAAUCGUCGACAUCCUCUCCGUUCGCUCCUACCAGGUCCUCUUCCGUACUAAUGGCAUCAACAACAAGCCCAUUGUCUCGGUCGUCACAAUCCUUUCACCUCUUCUGGCCCCCAAUGAUCGCUUCGUCAGCUUUGCUAACGAGGAGGAUAGCUCUGCGAGCAUCUGUGCGCCAAGCUACAACUACCAAUUCCUCGCCUUCCCCUCGAAUCUGCUCGUCCAAGCCGACCUCCUCGUUGUCCAAGCUUACCUACUCUCUGGUUACACCGUCUCCAUUCCUGACCACGAAGGUCCUGACAGCGCUUUCGCAGUGGGCCGCCUCGCUGGACGCGUGGUUCUCGACAGCAUGCGUGCUACGCAGAACUUCAAGGACCUCGGCCUCAAGCCCAACUCGAUGGUAGCGGGUGUUGGCUACUCUGGCGGAGCCAUUGCCGUCGGUUGGGCUGCUCAGCUCCAGCCCACGUACGCGCCCGAGAUCAACAUUGCUAGCUUCGCCAUCGGUGGUGUUCCCGCCAACCUGACGGGCACGUUUGCAUUUGUCGAUGGAACCACGUUCUCUGGCUUCCUCCCGCCUGCCAUUGUGGGCUUCCAAGCGGAGAGCGCCUACCCUGAGCUCAGACAGCUCGUCAACCGCGUCGCCACGCCGGCAGGUCAACAGGCACUGCAGUUUGCCUCGACCCACUGCGUCGUCGAUGACAUUCUCAGCUUUGCAUUCCAGAAGGUGGCCGACAAGAAGUUCAGCUCGCUCGGCGACAGGAUUUUGUACGACCCCCAGGUUGCUGGUGUUCUCAACGACAACCUGAUGGGAUCCAACGCCUUCGAGACGCCCACCAAGCCGAUCCUGAUCUACCAUGCCUCGCAGGAUGAAAUUAUUCCCUACGCAAAUACGUCGACGCUUGUCGACACGUACUGCAACCGUGGUGCUGCCGUCCACUUUACCACCUACCAAGCCGGCGGCCACCUCACAACAAUCGUUGAUGGGCUUCCCCAGACCCUCCAAUGGGUCGCCGAUGGAUUCGCGGGCAAGCUCAAGAACAACAAGGGCUGCCAGCGCGACGAGAAGCUCGACUCUCCCCUGGACCCUGUCGCGCUGGGCGUCGAGCUGGAGCCGGUUCUUAUCGGCCUCAUCAACAUCCUCGCCAAGCUCGGCGAAGGUGAUUCCAACGUCCAGCAGAAUCUCCACACUCUCAACCAGACUGCCACAGUCCCGCCUCUUAACAAGGCGGCAAUUGCCAGCAGGCAGCUUCAUUAGGCUGCCAUCUCACCUUUGCUCCCCUCUGCACUUCACUCCCCUUCGCCUUCCACCUUUCCCCAUCCCCAUCGCGAUGCUGCAAAAGCAUUUCGCUCGAAUUCGUCAUUUUGUUCUGUCAAAGCCGAUUGAAGCUCGCUCUAAGCUUGAGAACCAGUCACAAGCGCCGCCACAGCAAAAUCUCGUAAUCUCGUUAAUAGCUCUGUUCUUUAGUAAUGAAGAUAUAUCCUUCUGGACCAUGUCCGCUAUGAAGAAGCACUGAG